AUGUUUAACAGUUUCGAUAAUAAUUUGCAGGUAUUUUUUGUACUCAGAAAGAAGAACUCUCAUAUUAGUGUGCUCCACGUGUUUCAUCAUUCGUUAGUUCCUAUAACAGUAUGGAUUGGCAUUAAAUAUGGAGCAGGAGGAUACAACACCAUUUUUCCUUUGUUGAAUUCAUUUGUGCAUGUUUGGAUGUAUUUAUAUUAUGGGUUAGCCGCUUUCGGACCCUCACUUCAGAAGUAUUUAUGGUGGAAGAAAUACUUGACAAAGUUACAAAUGGUGCAGUUCAUUAUUGUGUUUGUUUAUAUGAUUCAACUCUAUGUGUAUCCGACAUGCCACGUGUCAAAAACUCUCAUCAUGAUUAAUUUAUUCAAAGCCACUAUAUUUUUUCUCAUGUUUUGGAAUUUUUACUUGGUCUCCUAUCGUCGAAAGGCGACCUCUUUGGAAAAUAUAGUUCAAGACUGUAAUUCUCAUAUGGAGAGAAUAAUGAAAGAGCUGCAGAAACUGGAAUAAAUUUAAUCUAUUGGUUA